UAUCAUCACAUCAGCUCGCCGCCGCCAACCUCACCCACCCCGUCAGCUGUCCUCUCAGCCAUCGCAAACCCUUCAAAACACACAUCCACCAUCUGCAACUCACCACCCCACCGGCCGCGCCCUCCAUCCUACCCAUCCGCGCACCGCCGCGCACUCACCAACCUCGACCUCAAUCUCACCACCACAAACCACCCCGAAACCACCACCACAAUGCCGUCUCUACCCUCCCUCACCACCCUCACCACCCGCACCACCCGCACCCUCCUCCUCGCCGCCCGCGCCGCCACCAAAACCCCCAAGCCCGCCAAAAUCCGCCCCAAAAAACACGGCAUCUCCGGCUGGGCCGUCUUCCUAAUCGUGCUGCUCAUCCUGCUCAUCCUCGCCGCCGUCGCCUGGGUCGCCUACUCGCGCCUGCGCGCCCGCCGCCUGGGCCUGCCGCCGCCGCCCCUCAACCCCUUCGCCGCCUCGCGCAGCGGGCCCAGCAGCAACUACCCCGCGCCCGCGCCCGGCGGCCUCAAGGGCUGGCUCGACACCCAGGUGCGCAAGUUCAAGAACCGCCGCUACGCCAGCGGCGCGUACGAGGAGCCGACGGGGUACGGCGGCGCAGGUGGCGGCGCGCCGCGCGGGAGGGCCGGGCACGGGCCGCUGGAUCCGGACGAGGCGUGGGAUGCAAGAGUCGGGAACGAGGCGUACUACGAGGAGCAGGAGCUGGGGCUGCAUGCGCCUGCGCCGGCGCCCGGGGGCGCGGCGGCGUAUGGCGGGCCGACGGGGUAUACGGGGGCGUAUGGCGGGGAGGGGUUCAGCGGCGGGGAGAGGGGAAGGAGCAGGACAAGGGAGUUGGAUGAGCGGUAUGAGGAGGAGGUGCAUGGCGGGGCGAAGCAUGCGACGAAUCCGUUUGGGGACGAUAAUGCGGUUAGUAGUUUGAGGGGGGUGAGCCCGCGGCCGUUGGAGACGGAGAGGACGGGGGGAGCGUAUGGGGCGCCGGCGGGGCAUAAGAAGACGGAGAGUGCGGAGAGUAGUCCGACAGAGCGAAGGAGUAUGUUUAGGGAGAACAUGUAGGGGAGAUUCGUUGGGUUGGGUUGGUUGAAAGAGGUUCAGUGCGGUAUGGGUAUUGGUAUGGGAUGAAAACGAGUCACAGAGCACGGUUCCAAGCGUUCAUGUAUUUGUUUGUACGAAGCCCAUUUCUCUACCUUGGGUAGGCUUUCUCUGUUUGUGUUUGUUCUUGAAGCCGUGGGAGGGGCCCUUCAAAAUAUUAAUCCUCAAUUCAGCAGCAAAUGCAACUCCCACUACUUUUGAAUUGACAACUGACACCCUCCUCGUUCAAUCCGUGUUCUCUGUUUUGGAUUCAUCGUGGGCUGGGGUUAGGAGCCUUGAUCAGAUGUCUGUCAAUUCGUCCAGCAAGUGAUACAUGUUACCGCCCACAACGACCUCUUGUCCGCUCUGCUUAGCCUUUCCGCUCCGCCUCGUCUUCUUUGGCUUCGCUGUUUCGGGCCCCUUCUCUUCGACGCCAAGAAGCGCAUACAUCUCCGUAAUAGCCUCUGCCAAUUGUG